AUUUGGAGUGCAGAGCUAUAAAAAAACAUCAGCAAAUGACUUGUCAGAAGUUGUAGCUUUUCUGUUUAGAAAUUCUGUUUUUCUUUGACAAUGUAAAAAGCCCAACUCGAUUCAACUUCGGGCCCAUUCAUUUUCCUGUGUUCAGAACAUUAUAUAUAAGCUUGAAUUAGUCAGGAAAAGGAAUCCAUAGGGAGGUACGAGUAGAGACACAAUUAGUUGUAAUAGUUUUUCAGUAUUCUGGUUUUGGCUAUUGGCGUUCCUCUUUUCUCUUAUAGCAACUUUCAGAGUUUUCUUGUUGUUUGGUUCAUCUUCUUGCAUUUCUCACUUCUGCAUUUUCGCUUUCAAAUGGGUUUUCAAUCUCUGUUCAUUCUCAAUUUAUAAUUCAUAGUUCUACUUUCAGUUUCUGCAUUACUCGUCUGAUUCCAUUAUCGAUUUGCAUUUUCUGUUCCAUUUAGAUUUCUGUUCUUGUCUGGGACAAGCAACUAUAACUCAUGGGCUGCUGCUGUCCAGCUGUGGUUUCAGGGUCAAGACCAUGUCGACCACUUGACAUAGGCCAAAGACAUUCCUCGCAAAGACCAAACCCAAUGGAUGCAAAUUGAUGCCUCUUUGUGUAAUGUUCUCUAGUUCUCCAUUGAUGUCAAAUUGCAGCCUCAAUACCAUGCUUUUACUACUUGUUAUGAUGUAUGGAACAAAGCCAAGAAAGUAUACUCCAAUGGUGUUCAUCACCUUUAUAAUGUUGUUUCCAACCUUAUAACUGUGAAACAGGAAAAUCAUGAUAUACAAACAUAUCUUGGUAAGCUCGAUCCCUUAAUUGCUGAUUUUGAUUCAUUAAUGAUGCAGACAAACAUGUUGAACAAUGUGGAAAAUUUUUAUGGUUCUUGCAUUUGUCGGGCUUCCUCUAGAGUUUGACUCUGUCCACAAUCAAAUAUUAUUUGGCACGGUUGCUCCAUCUUAUGACACUAUUAGUUAACCAUUACUUCACCUCUCAGUUCCUCACAUGUUUGGUCAUUCUCUUGUACCUCCAACUGAUUCAUUUGCUUUUUACUCCCAAUCUUCAUACCAGAGUGGACAAAGUGGAAUUCGUGGUGGAUAUCAUGGUCAACGCCCUUGUUGCAAUUUUUGUCAAUGGUACGGCCAUACUAAGGCAUAAUGUCUUGUACAAUGACAAUGAUAGGAUCAAGGAAAAUAUUUAUAUUAGGAGAAAUAAAAGGGACAGACAAUUAUAACUAUCUAUGGGUAGGUUUUGUUGUCUCAGACUUUUAUAAAGUCUGUGUAGGCAAUUGUUUUUAGUAGUUUCUUUCAUUGUUUUUGUUCAUUCUAAAAAGAAUAGUUAGAGUGGAGAGUCUGGUUCUCUCGAAUAACCAGAAAUUGUAUGUGUUUGGUUUCUCCACAUUGGAGGAAACCUCGUAUGUUGUUGGAAUAAAGAUCUGCGGUUUCUAAAACAUCUCAUUAUAGGUCUGAAAACCUAUCAAUUGGUAUCUAGAGCCUCAUUCCCAGUGAAGUGGGGGCACACUGAAGGUUAUGGUCAACACAAGAAUGGAGGCAAGAUGCGAUGGCUUGGAGAAGAUCGUCCAAGAAGAAGAACACGCAAAUAACCGUCGCUUCCUAUGGUUGGAAGAGAUGAUUCCAGGACUGACAGGGGUGGUUGAACGCCUGGCAUCCUCUUAUAAGCAUCAAGAGGCUCAAGAUUUUGUUGCCAUGAAUGCCCAUAAGGACAAUAGGAGUAAUGCAGGAGGAAGUUCUUUUGGGAUUUCUGCCAAAUGGAGGAAGUUGGACAUUCCUGUGUUUACAGGGGACGAAGUUUAUGGGUGUACCAAUAGGUUAGAGCGAUAUUUCCGUUUGAGAGAGGUUAGUGAGGAGGAGCGAAUGCAGGCUCUUAUGUUGGCAUUGGAGGGGAAAGCUUUAAAUUGGUUUCAAUGGUGGGAAACCUGCAAUCCGAAUCCCACAUGGGAAGCCUGCAAAGACGCGAUGGUUAGAAGAUUUCAGCCAACAAUGCUGCAAAGCCCGUUUGAAAUUUUGAUUGGCCUAUGCCAAACGGGACAAGUAGGGGAAUAUAUUGAGCAAUUUGAACAAUAUGCAAGGUUCAUGAAAGGAAUGCAACAAGAUUACUUGGUGGACAUAUUCUUGAAUGGGCUAAAGGAAGACAUAAAGGCGGAGGUUAAACUUUAUGAACCCCAUAAUCUUGCUGAGUUAAUGAUGAAGGCUCAAAUGGUGGAGGAAAAGGUUAGAGUCACCACCAAGGGGGACUCUCUCACUGUGCAACUUCAAAGUAACACCUAUAGACAAUUGCUACUUACUCACAGUUACUCAAAGGAAGGGGGAAAUUCAGUGGGUUUUACCAACUCCGAUAGAGGAAGUGGAGAGAGCAGUGGCUGUGUGAACACCAUCAAUAGUUCUCCUGCUGGGACUCAACAAGGAGGGACACAUUUAGAAAAUUGUCCCAAGAAGAAUUGCAAGAUAAGAUAAAAAAAUGGCUUAUGCUUCAGGUGUGAUGAAAAGUUUGGGCCUAAUCAUACUUGCAAAACUAAACAACUCCAUAUGUUGCUUAUUUCGAAAGAGGAAAUGCAGGAGUUGAGGGAAUCUGCUGCUUGCAUUCAUAAAGAAUUUUCAAACUUUCACCUUGAGGAUAAGGUGCACCUUCAUGGAGGGGGUGUUGAUAGGUUUGAUACAGUUUACAAAAUAAGAAAAAAAAAGAAGGUUGUUCGUCCAGUUGAAAACACCUCUCACACAUUGAAAACAGUUAAGAAGAUGUCACUACCAUCAAUAAGGAGUUUCCUGCUUUUCACCUUGAGGACAAGGUGAAACUUCAUGGAGGGGGUAUGUUAGGGGCUGGAAAGUAUAUGAGAGGAGAAAGUAUAGGAGGGAGAGAGAAGAGGACCAAGACCGAAUGGUAAGAAGGGAAAGGGACCAAGACCGAACGGUAAGAAGGGAAUGGGAAGAGGACCGAGGGGGAGAAGGCCGAACGGUGAAAGAAAGGGGAUGAGCUGAAGAAGAAAACCGAAUGGACGGAGCGGGGGAGGACGGGUACAGAGCUGACCGAACGAUGGAUAGCAGUAAGGAGGAUUCCUAGAAGAGCGCAGCGGGAAACUAAUUAGAGUAAUAGGAGGGAAAUCUUGGGAGGAGAUUCACAGGAUAUCAAUUAGAGUAAUCAGGACCAUAUCUUACGAUAUUAUUUGAUAUAAUAUAGUAAAUAAGACUAAAUAUAUAGGAAUAUUUUCUAAUAUUCAGUAUAUCUUGGGAGGGAAUUAGUUAUUAUAAAUUAAGGGGAAGCCUAGGGAUAAAGGCAUGCUUUUGAUUUGUGAGUUCAUAAGAGAGGUUAUGCUCUCAGGUGACUGACGGAGGUUAUGCUCCCAGUUAUUGGUUGUUUUCUUUGAUUCAGUAUUUUCAUUCAAUAAAAGAGGUUUAUUCAUCUAUUUGCCAUUAUUCCUUCUAUGUGAGAGUGUGUGAGGACUUGUUCUAAGUUACGUCCCUAACUCAGGCACGUAACAGGGUAUUGAUAGGUUCAAGGGAAAUAUUCAUAUUAGGAGAAAUAAAAGGGACAGACAGUUAUAACUGUCUAUGGGUAGGUUUUGUUGUCUCAGACUUUUAUAAAGUCUAUGUAGGCAAUUGUUUUUAGCAGCCUUUUUCAUUGUUUCUGUUCAUUCUGAAAAGAAUAGGAAGAGUGGAGAGUCUGGUUCUCUCGAAUAACAGAAAUUGUAUGUGUUUGGUUUCUCCACAUUGGAAGAAACCUGGUAUGUUGUUGGAAUAAAGAUCUGCAGUUUCUCAAACAUCUCAUUAUAGGUCUGAAAACCUAUCAGACAACAACCCAAGACAGCUAAUAUUGCUCAAGUCAUUUCCCCAAAAGCAUCAGAUAAGGUUUUAAUUUUCGUUGAUUCCUUCAAUGAGUUUCUUCAAUACAAGGGAGCCAUGCAACCUACACAACCUGUCGUCGUCGUUGCUCUGUCUUGUAAUCUUGUAACAUGUAUUUCUCAGUCCUCCUCCCUUGGCCUUGGAUUCUUGAUUCUGGUGCCUAUGAUCAUAUGUCUAGUAACAAGUCCCUUUUCUAUUAAAGGAACUAUUUGGAGUUUUUUACCCUAUGUGACCAUGGUAGAUUGGCUCUUAAAUAAAAGUUCAUGGCAUUGGUCAAACACGACCUUCUUCUAAUCUUACCCUAGAUAAUGUGCUUUAUAUUCCCAAGUGUCCUUUUAAUUUAAUAUCCAUAAGAAAGUUCACUCGCACCCAAAAUUACUUUGCUCUUUAUGCUAAUAAUUUUGUAAUGUUCAGGACCGGUGUCUCGGACAAACAAUUGGAGCAAGACAUGAGUCUUGAGGAUUAUAUUAUUUGUCACAAUCAAUUGCUUGUAUCUCCACUGUAUCUCUAGCUCUUGAGCAUCAACACUUAGGUCAUCCUAAUUCGACCAAAAUGCAUCUAAUGCUUCCAAGUUUUUCUAACAGUUCAUCUUUUCAAUGCAUGUCUUGCCAGUUAGGAAAACACAUUGGUCAUACCUAUGGUACUCAAGUUAAUAAAAGUAUUUCAUCACCUUUUGUCUUAGUUCAUUCAGAUAUUUGGGGUCCUAGACACAAUACAUUCAGCAAAUUAUACCAUUCUGUAAUUAGGAAUAUGGAAAUACAACUGUACUGCAAAUAAUGACUUGAGUAAUCCUUCCCUCCUUGAGCUAGCUUUUGUGGUUAUGUAAGGCCUAGCCUAUUCAUAGUUCUCAUAGCAUAUAGAGAUAUCAUUUACUAAUGGUGUUUUAUCCUCAUUUACUACUUCCAUGAAUUACUUUUUCCUUCUGACAACCAAGUUGAAGGCAGCAUGGGGAAUUUUAUCUUUUCCCAAUGCUUAAAACAUAUAAGUGACUGACAGCAAUGCCAAUGACAAUAAAAUACCCUUUCUUUUAAUAUAGAAACAUAGAAUCAGGACAACAUCAAUAAAAAUCUACAUUCUACUAGCAAACAAUUCUCACUCUAUUAACACAAAA